CUCGCCGAGGUGAGCGGACAGGUGGCGUCGUGACUAGCCACUCAGCCGUAAAGGGUGAUAACCCGCUACAGCUACGUGACAGUUUCGCAGACCGGCAUAUUCUUAAAAUAUGAUUCAACGUGAAAUUGCUUUCAAGCUUGCCAGCUGGUGGUGUACGAUCUAAAAGGAGGGGUGAAGAGAUGGAGUUGUCAGACGGCCUGUUGCUGCAGGUCAACAAUGGUGAGCAAGGGGCUAACCGCUGGAAACCAUCCAACGAUGACUCGGAUCGUAGCUCUAGCCCCUCAGUGCUGCGCUGUCUUGGCAGCACAUGGAAGGAAGGCCUGCUGAAUAGGAAGAGACCCUUUGUAGGCCGCUGCUGCCACUCCUGUACACCACAGAGCCAGGAGAGACUCUUCAACCCCAGCAUUCCCUCUCUGGGAUUGCGUAAUGUCAUCUACAUCAAUGAGACCCAUACCAGACAGCGGGGCUGGCUGGCACGCAGGCUGAGCUAUGUGUUGUUUGUCCUGGAGAGAGAUGUCCACAAGGACAUGUUUGCCCGGAACGUGGUCGACAAUGUACUCAAUAACAGCAGGGUGCAGACUGCUAUCGUGGAGGUGGCCACAGACUUUGAGCCUACAGCCAGCCAACGUGGGCAGGAGCACAAAGCUGUCAGCAAAGUAAGACGGAAAGCCAGAGGCUUCCUUCAAGAGAUGGUGGCCAACAUCUCACCAGCCUUCAUUAGACUUACAGGUUGGGUGCUCCUUAAGCUUUUUAAUGGAUUCUUCUGGAGCAUCCAGAUUCAUAAGGGCCAGCUCGAGAUGGUCAAGAAAGCUGCUACAGAGCAUAAUGUGCCCCUGGUGUUCCUCCCUGUUCACAAGUCCCACAUUGACUACCUGCUCAUCACCUUCAUCCUCUUCUGUCACAACAUAAAAGCCCCACACAUCGCUGCUGGCAACAACCUAAAUAUCCCUAUCUUUAGCACAUUGAUCCGUAAGCUGGGAGGGUUUUUCAUACGGCGGAAACUGGAUGAGACCGAGGAUGGGAAGAAAGACAUUCUGUACAGAUCACUGUUACAUGCAUACACGGAAGAGUUGUUGCGUCAGCAGCAGUUUUUGGAGGUCUACCUGGAGGGCACACGUUCCCGCAGCGGCAAGCCAUCUCCGGCACGUGCUGGCAUGCUCUCCAUUGUGGUGGACACACUGUGCACCGGCUCCAUCUCAGAUGUGCUGGUGGUGCCAGUUGGCAUCUCCUACGACCGUAUCAUUGAAGGCAACUACAACAGCGAGCAACUGGGCAAACCCAAGAAGAAUGAGAGUCUGUGGGGCGUUGCAUGUGGAGUGUUUCGGAUGCUGAGGAAGAACUACGGCUGUGUUAGAGUUGACUUCACCCAGCCUUUCUCCCUAAAGGAGUACCUCGAUACCCAGAGGAGCCGCAACACACCACCCCCGCUGUCCCUGGAACACAGCCUGGUGCCCACUAUCAUUUCUGCUCAACCUGAUGCUGUGCUGUUUGAGGGCCAGGAGGAGGAGGAGCUGAACAGAGAGCUACCUGAUGACCUCUGCAGACGACAAGUCAUUGCCAACCUGGCUAAGCACGUCCUCUUCACGGCUAACAAGUCCUCAGCGGUUAUGUCCACCCAUAUCGUAGCCUGUCUGCUACUGUACAGACACAGACAGGGGGUGGUGCUGUCCAAGCUGGUAGAAGACUUCUUCAACAUGAAAGAGGAGAUCCUGUCGCGGGAUUUUGACCUGGGCUUCUCAGGCAACUCGGAGGACGUAGUCAUGCAUGCCCUCCACCUACUGGGCAACUGUGUCAACGUGACCAGCAGCACCAACCGCAAUGGCGAGUUCACCAUUGCCCCAAGCUACACUGUGCCAGCAUUAUUUGAGCUCAACUUCUACAGCAAUGGCCUUUUCCAUGUCUUCAUUGCUGAUGCAAUCAUUGCUUGCAGUAUUCUGGCCUUGCAGCGAGAGCUGAUGGUGGACUUGGAGUCUGAUCAGCAGCCUGUUAUUGCCAACAGCUUCCUCCUGAGUCAGGAGAGACUGAUCCGCAAGGCGGCUGGACUCUCCCACUUCCUCACCAAUGAGGUGGCCGUGGCACCCCCAUGCCAGACAAUCUAUCAGGUCUUCCAUGACGCUGUGACCCGGUUGAUUCAGUAUGGAGUUCUCUACGUGGCAGAGGAGGACCAGGAGGAAUUGAGCCCCAGCCCUACAGAGGAGCCUUGGCCCAAGAAGUUCCCAGAGCCCCUCUCCUGGAGAAGUGAUGAGGAGGAUGAGGACAGUGACUUUGGGGAGGAACAGAGAGACCGUUACUUAAAGGUGAGCAUGUCCUCAGAGCACCAGGAGUUCUUCGUCUUCCUACAGCGACUGGUCAGCCCAGUGCUGGAGGCCUACAGUGGGGCAGCCAUCUUCGUCCACAGCCUGAGCCAGCCCAUGGCCGAACGUGACUACACUCAGCAGCUCUUUAGAUAUCUGCUCACCCGCACAGAGAGAGGAGUGGCUGCUUAUGGUGAAAGUGCGACGCAUUAUCUGGUCAAGAACACAGUGAAAACGUUCAAAGAGCUGGGGGUGCUGAAGGAGAGGCGGGAGAAUCGGGUGAUGACUCUGGAGUUGAGCAGUACCUUCCUACCUCAGGCUAAUCGGAACAAACUCCUGCAGUACAUCUUAGGUUUCAUCCUGCUGUGACCUAGACACCUUCAGUACAACUUGGACUCCUGGCUCCUUCCAACAAAGGGCUUCUACUGGCUAAUUCUCACUAAUCCAGGUGCUACACUGUGGAAAGCUUUACCAGGAAGUGCCUUCACGCAAUAGCCGCUAACCGUUAGACGUUAGCCGGGAAAGAUUUUAAGCGAGUCUUCCCUUCUUUGCUCCAGUUAAGGACUCCCAUCCCCCUGUCAUAGAACUGUGCAGCUAGUAAAACAAGUGAACAGCUCUCUGAAGAGGUACCUGUAGGAAUAGUCCUCUGUCUGUGUCUUUGCUUUGCCAGUGAAGACAAGAGGAAACUUUUAAACUUAAGGAAAAAAUAUUUACCAGUUAAUCUACUCCGACAGUGUAGAAAAUGUCACCUUUAGAGCAGUUCGAACAAAGUAAGCUGCCUUUGGCGU